AUGAGCAAAUCACAACGCUUGAUCAAGAAUGCCGCUCUCGUUUCGAUGGCACUUUUGGGCUCGGGAUUAGUAGCCACCAUCUAUAUGCAAAAUAAGAAAUAUACUCAAUAUUCUCAAUAUUCCCAUAGUGAAGAAUCGAUGAAAGAAGCUCUUUCCAAUUCGGAAUGGAGAAGCUAUGCUUUGGGACAAGUGGUUCCUUUGAAUUCAGAUUCAAAAUUAUUUAGAUUUGUUUUGGCAAGGAAUGGAGAAGCAUUGAAAUUGAAUUUUAAUUCUAUUGCAUCCAUCAAGUUGCAGCAACCAAGUUCAGAUAAUGCCUCCGAUCAUUCUUGUGUAGAAUUGUAUCCUAUUAAUUCUGAAAAUAAUGUUGGAUUUAUGGAUGUAGUGAUUCACAAGAAAGAACAACCUGAACUAUUUAAAUCUAAAGCUGGAAGUUUAUUUAAUUUUAAAGGACCAUUUCAGUCGAAUUUUAAUGUUGAUGAAUACCUGUCUAGCACUCAAGCGUCUGACAUGAUUUCAAUUAUUGCUCAAGAUGUGGAACAUGGAGUAGCACCUUCGUUACAACUUGUGUACAAAUUGUUGAUUCAAGAUAAUUCAAGCUCGGGAAAUAGAAAGGUCAAUUCCUCGUCGCCAAACAAACCUAAAAUUCAUCUCUUUUAUGUAGUGUCUAACCAAAAAGAUUAUCUUUUGAAACAAAGCUUGCAAGAUUUGAAAGGCUCAUUAUCUGGACGCAUUGAAAUGACCACCAUUCAGGGAGGAUCUACUUUAACGCUACCCUCCACAGAAUUACUCGAGGCUUUACAUGUGGUGAAAUCAAAUGCUUCACACGGACCAGUGAUUGUUUGUGGCUCUCAAGAUUUUGAAGAGAGUCUUAGUUCUCAAUUAUUGGAACAAUACCAAGUGAAAUCUAUUUCUCUGCAUGAUGGAGAGAAGAGAUCAUGA